AUGGUGACUAGUGACCAAUUCUUUAAAUUUUUGAAAACUGUUAGAAAAAAGAGUUUUACAGAGUUAAUAUUGUGUUUGUUUCUGUUGGUUUUAAUACCCGCAUACUAUUUUGUCGAUGUUUUUCACAUAUUACCGUGUAUGUAUCGGCUACCAUCAGGGUCAAUUUGGUAUUUAACACACGUGCUGCCUUUAACAUUUAUGGUUUUCAACUUGCUGACAAAUUUUGUAGCUGUGAUGUAUGCCGAUUCAUCAGUAAUUGGCCGAUUGCUUACUGUGUCUGAGUACACAUCGAAAGAAGAUAUUAUGUACUGUACCAUAUGCCAAUGUGAUGUUCCUCUAAGGUGUUGGCACUGUGACAUAUGCAAUGUUUGCAUAUUGACUAGAGAUCAUCACUGCACUUUCAGCACGACAUGUGUUGGUCAUUAUAACAGACGUUAUUUCUUAUGGUUUUUGCUGUAUUUAUCUGCAGCCAGUUUUUACGAGAUAAUUUUGAUUGGUUAUUAUACAUACUGUAAAGUGACAAUUAAAUUUUCAGACUUAGUGGUUUUAGUGCCAUUUCAAUCAAUUAUAACUGGCUUUCACUUAACAGUAGGUCAAAUUUUUGUAGUUUUACUGACGUUGAAUCUAAUAGCUGUAACAAUGUCGUCAUUGUUAUUAAUUUAUCAUCUAGAUAAGGUACGCAAAGGUCUCGUAUCCCAUGAAAAACAAGAGAGUAGUUAUGAUUUUGGCUUAAUGCGAAAUUUGGAAACUGUGUUUGGGGAAAAAUGGUAUAUAACAUGGAUUUCCCCAUUCAUCAUAUCCAAAUUACCCUACAAUGGAAUUGAUUGGCAAAGUCAUGUUGAUCAGUAUAAAACAAAAUAA